CCCUAAAAUUGACUUCUAAGGGCCAUUCCCUGCAUAGACUCCACCUCCGAACAAAGAACAGGUUGGAAGCUUUGCGCUAGUUAGUGUUGAUAAUGGCGAGAACGACCAGCAGAGACGCUCAAGCUCUCUUCCAAUCCCUUCGUUCUGCUUAUACUGCCACUCCUACUAGCCUCAAGAUUAUCGAUCUGUAUGUGGUUUUUGCAUUUUUCACUGCUAUAAUUCAGGUAGUGUACAUGGCCAUUGUUGGGUCAUUUCCAUUCAACUCUUUUCUUUCUGGUGUACUUUCUUGUGUAGGGACUGCAGUCCUUGCUGUUUGUCUCCGUAUCCAAGUGAACAAGGAAAACAAGGAAUUCAAGGAUUUACCACCAGAGCGUGCGUUUGCUGAUUUUGUUCUCUGCAAUUUGGUGCUCCAUUUGGUGAUUAUGAAUUUCCUAGGUUAAGGUUGAGCCCUGCUGGCUCCCUGUUUUGUUGGGCUGUAGCUGUGAAACAUAUUUAUAGAGUAAUUUUAUCAAUUCAAGCAAAUUUUAAUAGGACAUGGCUUAUAAGUGAAUUGCCGGAUUGCAAUUAAGAUUUUUGGUGCUUAGUUUUUUGCUUUGUUGAGAAGUCCGUAUUGCUCGCAAGGAAAUGCUAUUUCGCAUUGAUCAAACUUGGUUUUUAUAGAUCCUUUACCUAGAAAGGUGUGUCCUGAAAAACUUUCCUUUUCCUUCCCAUGAAUGAUUGUUAGGCGUGAUUAGAUGUUGGCUUUGAUUUCCAAUAAAACAGAAACUUUUCGUGAUUU